AAGCAAGAUCAAGUUCAAAGAGGGAAACGAGCUGCGAACGUCACGCUGGAUAUUUUAACUGAACAAGAUGGCGGAGCGCAGUGGCUGGAGAAAUCGGGAUUUCUUGGGCACAAAUCAUAUAAGUAACAGUUUUGACGAAGUUAUGACUGGGGUAGAGGAGGUGCCACUGUGUCAUCCUUCUCAUGAUUCAAGCAGGGUGGAUGAGUUAAGCCCUGACACAAACGGAGUUGCUCCAUGUGCUGUGGAGGAAGAUCUCAAACCUGUGGAGGAAGAGCUAUUCCCAGAAGGAGCUCGACCCAUACAGAUAGUUGUUGCAAAUCAGGAUGACCAUAAAUUUGAAUUAGAUGCUGGGGCGUUGGAGAAGAUCCUAAUGCAAGAUCAUAUCAAGGACCUCAAUGUGGUUGUGCUCUCUGUGGCUGGUGCUUUUCGCAAGGGCAAAUCCUUCCUGCUAGACUUCAUGCUACGCUAUUUCCACAAUCAGUCAUCGGAGUCAUGGAUGGGAGGAGAUGAUGAGCCACUAACAGGUUUCUCCUGGAGGGGGGGUUGUGAGAGAGAGACAACAGGAAUACAGGCCUGGAGUGAAGUGUUUGUGGUGGAAAAGCCUGAUGGCAGUAAGGUUGCUGUCUUGCUGGUUGAUACUCAGGGAGCUUUUGACAGUCAGUCCACUAUUAAAGACUGUGCUACAGUUUUUGCCCUUAGCACUAUGACGAGCUCCAUACAGGUUUAUAAUCUUUCACAGAAUAUUCAAGAAGAUGACCUUCAGAAUCUCCAGCUUUUUACAGAAUAUGGUCGCUUGGCAAUGGAGGAGGUCUAUGAAAAACCAUUUCAGAAACUACUGUUUCUGAUCAGAGAUUGGUGUUACCCCUAUGAGCAUGACUAUGGACUUGAUGGAGGGAAUAACUUCUUGGAACGGCGACUACAGGUGAAACAGAACCAGCAUGAAGAGCUACAGAAUGUGAGGAAGCACAUCCACUCAUGUUUCUCAAGCAUCGACUGUUUUCUACUGCCUCACCCAGGCCUGAAGGUUGCAACUAAUCCCUACUUUGAUGGCAGACUGAGAGAUAUUGAUGGGGAUUUUAAGAAGGAGCUGCAGAACCUGGUGCCUUUACUACUGGCCCCUGAGAACCUGGUGGAGAAAGAGAUUAAUGGUGCCAAGGUUACAUGCAGGGACCUACUGGAGUAUUUCAAGGCAUACAUCAAAAUCUACCAAGGCGAGGAGCUCCCUCAUCCAAAGUCUAUGUUACAGGCAACUGCUGAAGCCAACAACUUGACCGCUGUGGCGGGGGCAAAGGACAGUUACAGCCGGAACAUGGAGCAGAUAUGUGGUGGAGACAAACCAUACAUUGCACCAGUUGACCUCCAGCGCUAUCAUGAUGAUCUAAAGCAAACCUCUGUCCAGCAGUUCCGUGCUGUUAAGAAAAUGGGAGGUGUUGAGUUUAGCCAACGGUACCAGGAACAGCUGGAGUCUGAGCUUGAUGAAGCUUAUGCUAAUUUCAUCAAGCACAAUGAAAGCAAGAACAUUUUCUAUGCAGCAAGGACUCCUGCAACGUUGUUUGUUGUCAUGUUCGCUGCCUACAUAAUCUCCACAGUAACAGGGUUCAUCGGUUUAUCAGUGAUCGCUGUCCUGGCCAACCUUGUGAUGGGGGUGUCCUUGACGUCACUGUGUGCAUGGGCGUAUGUGAGAUAUUCAGGCGAAUAUCGAGAAGUAGGCGUGGCUAUAGACCUUACAGCAGAAGCCUUGUGGGAGCAGGUGCUGAAGCCACUGACCGAACAAUACAUGGAGGAAAAUAUUCGCCAGACUGUAGUGAACUCUAUAAGAGCCAGUCUGACUGAACAAGUGAAGCAAACUGCAAAGUUAAAAACCAACUGACAGCAUGCUGUGUCUCAUGUCUCUCCUGUUCAGUGUGUACAGAAUGUGUUUUUGCACAGUUUUAUUGUGGACUCUUAUACCCUUGGGUUGAACAGUUAAAACCAAAGUUUACAACCCAGACUAGACAUGAUACUCACCUAUAGUGAGUGUCUGAACCUUUGUCACUAUAAUGUAAUGAAACACAGGCAUACCUCCUGUGGGUUUUUUUUCUUCUUCUUUUAGAAGUAGCCAUAAAAAAAUCAAUCAGAAAAAGUUUUGUCCAUUUUACUAGUUUCAGUUAAUGCCUGGGUCCUUUUAGAUUUAUUCAUUCAUUUAUGUGUUUUGAAUUUAUAGUUGUCCCAUUUGAAUAUUUUCUGACUGCUCACUACGACAAUUUUUAAUUGUUUGUUUAAAAAAUGACUCCUUCAAUAAAUGCACUACUGCAUAUUGUAAAACCACGCAGAACUGCUCUAUACCAGUCUCCUCCCUCUAGACUUUCAAUUGUAUCAUAACCCCCAGCAUGUACAUGAAUGUAUAAAUAGUUUUUAUUAUAUUUCUAGAAAAUGGGAGGGGUGGGUUAGUUGAUAAUUGAGUAAUUAGAGAUUGUUCUACACUGUAUAUAAAUUCAUCUGCUCAUUUACUGCCAUAGUAUUUGUCACAUCAUACACAACCUGACAUUGGAAUGUGUGGGAUAACUUGCUUUGUCUGCCUUUUAAGGAUGUGUUGUAAUUUAUUUUUUAAGUGAUUAAAAAUAUUUAAAUAA